CCGGCGCCGCCGCGGGAAGCGGCUCCCCCUCCCCUUCCUCCGCGUCCUCCUCCCCCUCGCCCCGCCGGGGCCGCUUGUUGCACCGCCCCGCGGCCUGCGGGAGCCGCUCGGCCCGGCCCGGCCCCGCGCCCGCACCCCCUUCCGCUCGCCCCCGGGCCCGAACCCCAGCCCGGCCGGCGAGACCCCGGCCCGACCCCGCCGCCCGCACAAAAUGUCGGCCCGGACGCCAUUGCCGACGGUGAACGAGCGGGACACGGAGAACCAUACAUCCGUGGAUGGAUACACUGAACCGCAUAUCCCGCCUACCAAAUCAAGUAGCAGACAGAACAUCCCUCGGUGUAGAAACUCCAUUACGUCAGCAACAGACGAACAGCCUCACAUUGGAAAUUAUCGUUUACAAAAAACAAUAGGGAAGGGAAAUUUUGCCAAAGUGAAAUUGGCAAGACAUGUUCUAACUGGUAGAGAGGUUGCUGUGAAAAUAAUAGACAAAACUCAGCUAAAUCCUACCAGUCUACAAAAGUUGUUUCGAGAAGUACGAAUAAUGAAGAUAUUGAAUCAUCCUAAUAUAGUAAAAUUGUUUGAAGUUAUUGAAACAGAGAAGACCCUCUAUUUAGUCAUGGAGUACGCGAGUGGGGGUGAAGUAUUUGAUUACUUAGUUGCCCAUGGAAGAAUGAAAGAAAAAGAGGCCCGUGCAAAAUUUAGGCAGAUUGUGUCUGCUGUACAGUAUUGCCAUCAAAAGUGCAUUGUUCACCGUGAUCUUAAGGCUGAAAACCUUCUCCUUGAUGCUGAUAUGAAUAUUAAAAUUGCUGACUUUGGUUUUAGUAAUGAAUUUACAGUCGGGAACAAAUUGGACACAUUUUGUGGAAGCCCGCCCUAUGCUGCCCCUGAGCUUUUCCAAGGAAAGAAGUACGAUGGGCCUGAGGUAGACGUGUGGAGCCUCGGUGUCAUUCUCUAUACACUAGUCAGUGGCUCCUUGCCCUUUGAUGGCCAGAAUUUGAAGGAACUGCGGGAGCGAGUCCUACGAGGGAAGUACCGUAUUCCCUUCUACAUGUCCACUGACUGUGAAAAUCUUCUGAAGAAAUUAUUGGUGCUGAAUCCAAUAAAGAGAGGCAGCUUAGAACAAAUAAUGAAAGAUCGGUGGAUGAAUGUUGGUCACGAGGAAGAAGAGCUAAAGCCAUAUACUGAGCCUGAACCAGAUUUCAAUGACACGAAAAGAAUAGACAUCAUGGUCACCAUGGGUUUUGCUCGAGAUGAGAUAAAUGACGCCUUAAUAAAUCAGAAAUAUGAUGAAAUUAUGGCUACUUAUAUUCUUCUAGGUAGAAAACCACCUGAAUUUGAAGGUGGUGAAUCAUUGUCCAGCGGAAGCUUGUGUCCGAGGUCACGGCCCAGCAGUGACCUGAACAACAGCAGCCUUCAGUCCCCGGCUCACCUGAAGGUCCAGCGGAGCAUCUCCGCAAACCAGAAGCAGCGGCGUUUCAGCGAUCAUGCUGGUCCGUCCAUUCCCCCUGCCGUAUCCUAUACCAAACGGCCUCAGGCUAACAGCGUGGAGAGUGAGCAGAAAGAGGAGUGGGAUAAAGACCUCGCUCGGAAACUUGGCAGCACCACGGUUGGAUCCAAAAGCGAGAUGACUGCGAGCCCUCUGGUGGGGCCGGAAAGGAAAAAGUCUUCAACUAUUCCAAGUAGCAAUGUGUAUCCUGGAGGUAGCAUGGCAAGAAGGAACACGUAUGUCUGUGAAAGGACCACAGAUCGGUACGCAGCAUUGCAGAAUGGAAAAGACAGCAGCCUUACGGAGAUGUCCGCCAGUAGCAUAUCCUCUGCAGGCUCUGCUGUGGCUCCCACCAUCCCCUCAGCACGACCCCGCCACCAGAAGUCCAUGUCCACUUCUGGCCAUCCUAUUAAAGUCACACUGCCAACCAUUAAAGACGGCGCCGAAGCUUACCGGCCCGGUGCGACGCAGAGAGUGCCUGCCGCCUCCCCCUCUGCUCACAGUAUUAGCGCCAGCACCCCUGACCGCACCCGCUUCCCCCGGGGCAGCUCAAGCCGCAGCACUUUCCACGGGGAGCAGCUGCGGGAGCGUCGCAGCGCCGCCUACAACGGGCCACCCGCCUCCCCCUCACACGAGCCUGGAGCCUUUGCACACGCCAGGAGGGGGACAUCCACGGGUAUAAUAAGCAAAAUCACAUCCAAAUUCGUUCGCAGGUGGAUAUCCAGGGAUCCCAGUGAAGGCGAAGCCAGUGGCCGCACAGACACCUCAAGAAGUACGUCCGGGGAACCAAAAGAAAGAGACAAGGAAGAGGGUAAAGAUUCUAAGCCACGUUCUUUGCGUUUCACGUGGAGCAUGAAGACCACUAGUUCAAUGGACCCCAAUGACAUGAUGAGAGAAAUCCGGAAAGUGUUAGAUGCAAAUAACUGUGAUUAUGAACAGAAAGAGAGGUUUUUGCUUUUCUGCGUCCACGGAGAUGCUAGACAGGACAGCCUCGUGCAGUGGGAGAUGGAGGUCUGCAAGUUGCCGCGCCUGUCACUGAACGGGGUCCGCUUCAAGCGAAUAUCUGGGACGUCUAUUGCCUUUAAGAACAUCGCAUCUAAAAUAGCAAAUGAGCUUAAGCUGUAAAGAAACUCAAAUUUACAGGAUCAGGGAAGAUACAUUCACGUAUGAGGUGCAGUUUUGAAUGUAUUGGUAAUGCCUAACGCGAUUGGCCUGUGAGUCUCCCACCCUCCCCCACCAUGUAGAAAUUGCCCUUCAUGCAAUAAGGACAUACAUAGUUAGGGACUGGACGGCUAGAGUCCGUGUGAAGUAUACUAAAUAUCUGUAGCUAAAAAAGUAGGUUCACAUGUACAGGUAAGUAUAUUGUGUAUUUCUGUUCAUUUUUCUGUUCAUAGAGUUGUAUAAUAAAACAGAUGAUUGCUUAAAGAACUUGUAUAGUUGUCUAGAUUUCUGCACAUAAGUGUAUGACGCUUUCAGUUGGAGAUGUUCUUCCCUGUUAUGUACAUUCUGGUGGGUUUUUUAAAUUCUUACCUCCAUCAUGCAAUUUUGAAAAUUGUGCCCAGAAUUAAAAGUGCACAGAAAUGGUCUUUAAAAUUGUAGCAUGGACUUUUAAAAAUUAUUUUUAAAUCCUAUUUAAAUUUAAACCAGAAGCUGAUAAGUAAUCAGCUUUACUAUACACAGAAUUAUUCCUGCUUAUCUUUGCUCUCCUCCUUGUUCUCAGACAAGGUGUAGUUGAGAAAAUACAAAAUGUUUACAGUGUUGGCACUUAGGGUUUUUAAAAUAAACUACAUGGAAAUAAUCAUUGCUUCGCCUUGAGCUAUCUAAGAAGUGCUGGGGAAAAAGUUAAACCUGUAUCAAAUUUCUUUGAAACUUCAAAGUGUUUUCUGGCCCACUGCUAAAUGUAGCAGCAAAAUUAAAAAGAAUCAAUACUCCAUCUGGCUAUUAUAAAUGUGAACUUUCACUUAGGUUUGCUGCCUCCUGAAUACCGCAGUGUAAUUGCGGAAAUAGAGUAAUAUCGGGACCGUCUCAUAGCACAAACUCAUCCUACAGUGUUGAUCAAUGUGUCAGUUAAGAAAUAAUGCCACCUCAGGAACUAACUGGCAUUGGGAACAUUUACCUUUUCUCCUCCCAGCCUCUUCAUCCACCCCCGACACAGUAAUAUCUGUAAGUACUUAGAGGAGACUUUGGAGCAAAACCUACUAUUUAUAACAGUGUAUUAUUGAUUUAUGCUUACGUGGUUGUUGAGUUUGUUCCCAGGUAACCUGUUUGUUUUUACUAUUUUGCCAGAUUUCUUGUAUUUAUUCCACAUCGUUAUGCCUAUAAUGUGCAGCGUUGUAAUUGGGCAUUUGCCUCCUUUUCUUUCAUAAUUAGUGAUAUAUGUGACGUAAAACCACUAGGAAAGGUACCUUUUCAUACUUGUUAUUUUUUACGGAAUUAGCCUUGGAGGUUGACUGUGCAAUGUUAUUUAAUGUUGUAAUUACUGUAAUAUCAACAUAUGGGCCCCAUCUGCACACUCCUGAGAAAAGGAAAAGUGUAUUGAAGUUUUAUCGUUCAAAGGAGAAUAAAGCUGUGAUAAAUACUGUAAUUCUAACCUACAUCAGAAAGCUCCAUGUGUAGGUGACGUGCCAUUCUGUAAUGGCGUCCGGACUAGGGUGAAUUUUACAUUCUGUACUGUACUGUGACGUAGCUUUCUUCUGUAACAGUUCUGUUCUAAAAUGAAGUGUAUUUUUGCCUUAGCAAAGGAUGGUGUUUGGAAAA